AUGGCAACACGCCCAGCCGUCGGCCGCCACGAAGAAAAUCUCCUUCGCGAACAAGUGCGGCCGCGUCGCGAUUGUAUCGACUUUUUAAACGCCCUCAGACUAGAUCGCACUCCCACCUGUGCCCCAUUGUGGUGUGCGGAGCGCUCCCACAAUGGCCCACUGUUUGGGCCGCGGCGCACUGCACUCACCGGCGCCGCGGGCUGGGCGGGGCUUAGAACGAGAUGGGCACACGCCGCGGCGGCAACAUCAAUCGCGGGCGAGACAGAGAGGGCGCUAGGCGGGCGCACAAUGCCGCGCGGCGGAAGAGGACGGCAUCAGGCCGCUUUGUAUGGAUUCCCGGCGUUUGUUGCUGGCAGACAAUUGAUUGCGAUGGCCUCUCUGCUGUGGCGCUGGUGGCCGCGCGUGCCGUCGAAGAGCUGGCCCUGGGUC